AUGCGUCUACUGAGACACUGGUGUGAGAAAGCCAGUCAGAUCAUGGUUUUGGACCCUGAAUCCAACCCUUUCUCGUUCCCGAUUCUUGAAUAUCUGCACAUCUCCCCGUCUCUCAUGCCGACUAUUCUGAGUAUCAGUGCUGCCCAUGAACAAUUUUUCAAAAAGGAACGUCUUGAGACGUGUCUUGAGGAGAGAGGGAAAGCGUUGUUGCUUUUGCAGGAGGAGCUGGCCGGACGCCAACGGCCACAUCCAAUUACCUUUCUGACUGUAUUUAUGCUUGGCAUUAGUACACCUUGGAUCGAUCCCUCGUCUUCCCAAUUUGGGUAUGAGCAUCUGAAUGGAGCAAGGGCUUUGAUUGAGCUAAUGAUCAAUCCAUCGACAAAUACCGAUGGCAAAUUCGCACAGUUGGCUCUUGGUACAUAUUUAUACUGGGAUAUGGCGUUGUCAUUUCUUGUUGAACCAGACCAACAGUCUGCAACUAGCUCAUCAAUCCCAGAAGCAGUGGCAAAGAUUGCAGGGGACUUUCAUCCAAUUAUGGGCUACUCGGCUGAGAUCAUGUACACUCUUGCAAAUCUCGGGCGGUACUGCAGGUCAUUCAUUGAUCUCGGCAUCAGAGACAAGGCGCUAGAGGAAGAAUCCGAAGCACGGUUGCUGGCAUGGCGGCCAACUACCAAAAGUCCAGAACUCAUUCUGCUGGGUAAUGCGUUCCGAAACCAUGGCCUGAUCAAUCUGUACCGAAUCUGUGGACGAACAGGUGGUCGAACUGAGGAAGAUUUAGGCAGGCGUGAUUACUCGCCUGUCGAAAACAUUGAAACAGAGAAGGUCAUCAGACAAUACGCUCUACAGACAGUCAGAGAUCUGAGUCUCAUCCCCACCCAUAACUGGCAUACCAACAUGCAGGCAAUUUCACUUUUGACUGCAGGAUCAGAGCUUACGGCAAAUGAUCAACGGGAACGAGAUAUGGUAGUUGACCGAUUUAAUGCUUUGUAUUCAAUCAACCGAUUACCUGGUAACUUGAUGGCGAUUGAUAUUCUGCAAGAUGUUUGGCAAGCCCGGGACCUUGAAAUUACUAUGUCAUGGGUACACAUUAUGCUCCUACGAGGAUGGAGGUUAAGUCUUGGUUGA